CAGGCGUCCAUUCGCCUGCCGUACUAGCUAUGUAGUAAACAUGCCGGUAAGAAUACAUCAUCUAAGCAUCCCUCACGUAGUAUGCCUUACGUUUAUGUUGUGACCAGGACACUCAGCAAGCUGGAUCCGACUCAUCUAUGUAAGAAGCAGGGGACGACCGCUUGCACUUUACUGCGUCGCUUCGCUUUUGCAAACUCCUCGUGAUUGACAGUGGCUUAGGCACCGUAGCUGCACGGGUGGCCAUGUCGGUUACUGAGUAUGUGACGCGCUUGACUAUUGUGUCUGCACAUGACCUUCCAAAGACAGAUAGGAUUUCGACUAUUGAUCCUUAUGUCGUGAUAGUUGUUAAUGGACAGAAAUUCCAGACGGCAGUGAAGGACGACAAUGAAAAUCCUGUAUGGGAUGAGAGCUUCUACCCGAGGUUGCAGAAGGGUCAGACAAGCAUACUGGCGGGCAAAUUAGAGCUACACCUUUAUGACGAAGAUACGUUUUCAGACUCCUACGUCGCCAAAUAUGAAUAUGACUUAGCCAGCCUGACGGCAGCCCAGCUGAACGUCCCAUUGACCUUCAACCUGGAAUACGUAAAGGACAAGUACAAGUCGCAGGGCAAAAGCCCUACCGUUACGAUUAAGCUCGUGGGGCUGGUGCAGAGCUUCAACUCUAUGCGAGCCAUGUUUGGGGCCAUGCCAGGCUUCAUCACCGACGACGUCAACAGUGCCUGCUACAUACCCAUCCAAGAUACCCAGGGUGUCAUCUACGUGGGCGUCGAGUAUGAGAAGUCUGGCAAAUUUGACUUCAAGGUCUACGUCACCCGCCCAAACUGGCCCAUCUUCCUAGACAUGCUCGUCAUGUCUGGUUGCCAAAGCACAAAGGUGCUGCGGCGGCUGCACCGCGAGGGCAGGCAGGUAGCCCCGGGGCUGGUGGCGUACGAGGAGCUCAAGCUGGACGACGUGCCGCUGGGGGUGGACUUCAACAACCUGGGCCUCGUGCUCUUCGACUCGCAGCCGCUGGCCUGCACCAACGCCAACGCGGUGGUGACGGCGCACGGCUGGCGCGGAGCCAUGACCUUCAAGCAGGCUUGCAAGACGUUGCACAACGUUGAGGUUGACCUCCACAACGAGGAGAUCUACAUGACGGUGGACCCGCACGAGGCGCUGCUGCUGGUGGACUACGACUCGGACGACGCGGACAUCAAGCUGGCGGUGCUGGCGCACCCCGCCACCGCCGACAAGGGCUACGACCUCACGGUGCGCGGGCAGAGCGUCAAGAAGACCAGCGAGCUGUACGUGCCCGCCCGGCCCAAGCUGGGGGGCCGAUUCCAGGUGACCCGGUUGUACGAGCUGGACGACUUGCAGUACGGCACCCGCUUCGAGGACAUCGAGAUCCACCGCUUCCAGCUCUCCAACCCGCGGCACUACACCAUCCAGGGCAUCACCCGCAUCAUGGGGUGAACGCGGCAGCCCGUGGUCCCCCCCUCGCCCGCAACACCAUGCGGGGCUAGGCGUGGCUCUGCUCACAGCUGCGUGGUUGCCCCGUCAUGUCCCCGUUACCUUGCUGACGAUGACGUGACUGGGCUGGUCGAAAUAUGGUGUACCGCCUUUUGAUGACCUGGGCUGUGUACUACCGAAUAAAAACUUCCUACUUAUACUACUACAGUAACGACUCCAGCAGACGACUCGAGCAGAAGGGCGGGUUGUGGUGGCUAUUGAGAGCAAGGUGGUUGGGUUGCGGAGAACACGGCGACAAUAUGCAUGCAAAGGGUUGGGGGGGAUUUGUGAAGGAACACGAAAGCCACCGGGUGGCGGUUGACGGACCCGCAGCUGUCGCCGUUCGUGGUGUCCGAGUGCGACCCGUGUGCGGCGGUGGCGGUGGCGGUUGCAGCAAUCCCCUGGGAACAUCUCCUGGUUGAGGCUGGUUAAGGCCUGGGCGGCACCGGCAGGGGAGAGCCUGCGGGAGUUGGAGUUGACUACUAUGUACGAACGUAAUGUAUACCCGGUUGCCGAGCGCGGUUACCAUGCAUGGUGUGUGCUUAGCUAUGGCCAGUCGGCAUUCCCUAUACCUCUUCAUGAUGCAACGCACGCUCUGGGUUUCGGCGCCUGUUGUCGAGGCGUGCUGCUUUCCUCUUGACGUCCGGGCGUAGUGGGGCGUGCGGAGGAGGAACGAAGUGAGGGCCGGUCCAAGGAGGAAACCAAUUACGUGCUUUGGGUGAGUCGUGGAGGCUGCGGUGUGUGGGCAGUUCGUUUUCUAGGGCCUGGACUAGUGACAACGGCGACGUUCUUCCUUGAAUAUCAAGCCGAUGAAGGCUAAUAGUUUGCACGACAAGGGAUCUGUGCUGUUGUUGGUGUGGUAUAGGGAUUUUUGGUUGCCGUUGUCCUGUGUAUCACCCCCGUCUCGCCUCAAUGCGGGCUCCUAAUGCGCGCGACUGCCUGCUUCAGAGUUGGGACUUUUGAGACGUGAGCUCCCUAGGUGCGUGUUGAUUUGCAUUCUCUUCACUUUCCUUUUGCAUGCAUGCUUGCUUGCACGCUGUCCUCCGUGCAGAGGUGCUUCACCCUGGUCUGUUGCCGGGCGUAUACUUCCGGGGGUUGUACGGCUGUGGUGUCCUUACAAUGCGCAUACCGGCUAGCUUGGAGGAGUUGUGGCUUCUCUUCAGGGCCACGGGCAGGGAUUUCUGAGCAAGACUUUCUUAGGGGCUGUCGUAUCACCCGCCUUUGAGGGUGCUACAAGGGCCCUACGAGGGCAAAGUAAGAUGAGGCGUGCGGCACCUUUCCAGCGAACGUCGUAAUACGGUAAUAUACCUAGGAGUUUUUCAUUCCAUGUGACCAUUAUGCUUGCGGCUUUACUGGGUCAACACAGGUUACUUUCGGGGCGCUUGCCUCCAGUGGCUCUUCACAUCGUGUUCCGCCCGUUGCCAGUGCUGUUUUUGCCGUACAUCUGUGGGGUGAAACAUGAACGUUGGGUACACAAUACUCGCCCAUUUAGCAUGCAGGGGACAUGUCCAAGGGGAGGUAUGUACGAUACAUUGGCGUACGGUUUCCAUCACUCCAGAGAUGCUCCCCGGGCUCGUGGUUGUCGUGAACCAUCUCUCUUGGUUGCUAGGCGCGUUCUGCGACCAUAGCUGUGACGAUGUUGGGUCAAUAAUGGCGGUCAGGUAAUAUUGUUGUCUUCCUGCCUCCUCCGGUAGCAUCCCACAUCUGAUCUGAUGCGUUUGCCUGGUGGCAGCAGUAACAAGCUGCGCAUGGCGCGUGCCGGAGAGGCUCUGGUGCUUUCCUCGGGCGUUGUUCCUGUACGGUAUCUUGUUACACAUAAGAGGCGUUAAAGGGGAAUGUGUGGGGCGGCUGCUGGUGGCCCCGCCCGCAUGUGGAGAUUCGAGUAGCAUUGUCUUGGAGUGUAAACAUGCAUUCGCAAC